AAUCUAGGUUUUUUCGCUAAGCCUACCGAUGUAAUUGAUUGACCACGCUCUUUCACCUGGAACCAAGGAAGCGUCUCUUUACAAAGGCGCGUAAUCUAUUCAUUCGGCGCGCGGUAUCUCGUACGCCGUAUACCUUAAUAUUCAAAUCCGUUUCGCAACGACCUCAUUCCUCCACCAUGAGAUUCUCAAAUGUACGGUCGGCGUUAUGGCUAUCCGCCCUUUCGGCGGUUGGCUCCAAUGCCGCUGGGCCCAUGCUCUCGUCGACAUCGCUCAACUCGUGCCAAACCAACUCUCAGUUUACCGCAAGUCUCUUCAACGUGACCUACAUUCCAAAUGACAACGUGGCCACCGUCAACGUUGUUGCGACAUCGUCCGUGGAAGGGUUCGUCAACUUCGACGUAUCCGUUGUCGCUUACGGUUAUCCAAUCAUCGAGCAGAGUGUGAAUCCAUGCGAUCUUGGACUAGCCGGUCUUUGUCCUAUGACCGCUGGCAAAAUUCCACUCAAAUUUAAUUUCGACGUAGAUCCAUCCGCCAAAGAUCAAAUUCCCAGUAUCGCAUACACCUUUCCCGACUUAGAUGCCACUGUUCGUGUUGUUCUCACCAACAGAGAUACCAAGGAGCGUGUAGCUUGUGUCGAAGCUGACGUAUCCAAUGGCAAGACUGUCAAUCUAAUAGCUGUGAAAUGGACCCUCGCCGCUAUCGCUUUCGUCGUGCUCUGUUCGUCUGCUGUCCUGAACGGUCUUGGUCAUGCCAACGCCGCUGCUCACAUUGCCUCGGGUGCCUUGUCUCUUUUCGGCUUUUUCCAGGCUCAGGCUAUACUUGGUAUGACCAGCGUCAAACUCCCACCAGUUGUUCAGUCCUGGACACAAGAUUUCCAGUGGUCGAUGGGUAUUAUCAAUGUGGACUUCUUGCAGGAUAUCUUCACUUGGUAUCAGCGUGCAACUGGUGGUACUCCUUCCACCAUCUUUGAUUCGCUUACUACACUCUCUGUCCAAGUCGAGAAGCGUGCUUUGUCAGUCUUGCCAGAGGCGGCAGUUGGUAUUUACCGAAGAUCCGCAUCAUUGGUUCCUCGUGGUACUGCCGAGUUGAUGAAACGUGGUAAUAUUAUGACGGGCUCAGGAAGCUACAUUGUCCGUGGUAUUCAGCGUGUUGCUUUCAGGGCCCACAUCGAGUCAACAAACUUGUUCCUGACCGGUCUCGUCUUCUAUUCUCUGCUGGUCGUGUUCACGAUUGCUGGUAUUGCCGCGUUCAAAGGCUGGUGUGAGCUCGCUGCUAAGAAGCAUUGGAUGAAACCAGAUACAUUUCUCGAGUUUCGCAAUGGGUGGCUCACCAUCUUGAAGGGAAUUUUGUUCCGUUUGACACUGAUUGGUUACCCCCAAAUGACCAUCCUGUGCCUCUGGGAGUUCACGCAAGUCGACUCUCCUGCCGAGGUUGUGUUAGCCAUUUUCUUCUUGGUGGGCAUGACUGUUACCCUGGGAUGGGCUGCCUUCAAGGUGAUUCGCAUUGCACGUCGCUCAGUUGCCAUGCACCGCAAUCCCGCCUACAUCCUUUUCUCAGAUCCUCACGCGCUUAACAAAUGGGGUUUCCUCUACGUUCAAUUCCGGGCUUCGGCUUAUUACUUUGUCAUUCCGGUCCUCGGCUACACGUUUGUUAAGUCACUUUUCAUCGCCUUUGCCCAAAACAGCGGAACUGCCCAAGCCAUUGGAUUCCUCCUGAUCGAAGCUGGUGCCCUUAUUGCCGUGAGCGUCCUCCGACCUUGGAUGGACAAGAGUACCAACUCCUUCAACAUCUCCAUCUGCGUUGUUAACUUCAUCAACGCUAUCUUCCUUCUAAUCUUCUCAGACGUCUUUGAUCAACCUCCUCUUGUUAACGGUGUUAUUGGUCUUAUUCUCUUCUUCCUCAAUGCCAUCUUCGCUACUGUCUUGCUCAUCAUGCUCAUUGUCUCGACCGGAAUGGUUUUCUACCGGAAGAACCCUGAUGCCCGAUACCAGUUCAUGGCCGAUGAUCGAACAUCGUUUAUGAAGUCUCAGUCCCAGCUGACGGGUACGACGGAGCUCGAUGCCCUAGCCGCGACAGCUCGUGGCGACAAGGCGGGUUACUACAAGCCUGGAUUGGAUCUAGAUGAUGAUGCUGAAUCCAUAUCAUCGGAGUCAAUGAGGCGCCGCGCCGAUAGCCGUUUGAGCGUUCCCGCCGGGCCCGUUUCUGCCCCCCAGAACUAUCAACCUCCCCGGCCACGGUCUCCUGUAGACCCGUCAGUGCCGCUAUUCCCUGCCAAUGGUGGCUCAAACAGAUCAGUCAGCCCGUAUGGCCCUUCUUCGGCCAGCGCAUUCCGAGCGCAGAACAACUCUACUCCCACAGGUUUUAGAGCACAGAACAACGCAAGUCCAUGGCAACGUGGCGCGGGUUAUGACCAUUAGGUAGCGGUCAACCCCCCAGAAGCUAGAGGGUUCUUUUAGCUGGAGCACUUACCAGCUGUUGUUCAUACUGGAAUCAUGAUGACUAUUGGGAUGGGAUUGUUGGUCUUGACCUGUAUCCAAUGGCAGUGGAAGUAUUU